AUGGAAGUUCUAGUAAAGAGCGUUAUACAGCAAUUUCGUGAAGAAAAUAACAUCUUGCAGGAUUUUCAACAUGGCUUCCGGAGAGGACGUUCCUGUCUCUCAAAUCUGCUAGCUUGUCUGGAGAUCUGGACCAGGGCUCUAGAAGAGGGUUCUGAGGUCGAUGUCGUGUACAUCGAUUUCCGCAAAGCUUUCGAUACUGUUCCGCACCAACGUCUUCUUCACAAAUUGAGCACCAUCGGCGUCCAGGGAGAUCUUCUGAACUGGAUAAGGGCGUUUCUAGUUGGUCGGAAACAACGUGUCUGUAUCGGAGAUUAUAUGUCAGAAUGGGUGAACGUGACCAGUGGUGUGCCUCAAUGCUCAGUUCUGGGACCAUUGCUCUUCAUCCUUUAUGUUAACGACGGCCUUCAGAACCUCGACUGCGGCCAAAUUAUGUUUGCGGACGACGUUAAGCUCUGGAAAGUCAUUAAGGGACCGAACGAUCAGAGAUCCCUUCGAGAUAAUCUGCACCGACUGCAAGCGUGGUCGAACAAAUGGCUUCUAGAUUUCAAUGUGGAGAAGUGUGCCGUCCUUCAUCUGCGUCCAACCAACUCUCAUUCAAAUGAGAGCCUGAGGGCAUAUCACCUGAAAGAUAUAAGGCUCCCUGCAGAAUCUUCACAGAAGGAUCUCGGGGUUUGGAUACAGAACAACCUGAAUCCAACAUUGCAGCGCCACAAGGCUGCAAAAAACGCCAUGGGAGUGCUGCAUGCAAUCCAAAGGGCUUUCGUAAACUUUAACCAAGCGUGGCGGCCAUGGCUAGUAAAGGACCAAGCAUACCUCGAACGGGUACAUCGUCGUGCAACAAAGCUGGUAAACGGUCUAAAUGGCCAAUCCUACACAGACAGACUGAAUUGCAUUAAUUUAUUCCCUCUGUGCUACAGGCUCCAAAGAGGUGAUCUCAUCCUCGUCUACAAGAUAAUACAUGGCCUUGCGCAUGGGCUUAAAUUUGAGGACAUGUUUUACUGGCACCUUUCACCCAAUCUUCGUGGUCACUCGAUGAAGUUACGGACAACAAUGUCCAGGCUGAAUCUUCGUUCUGAACUUUUCACGCAGAGGGUAGUGGAGAAAUGGAACGAUCACCCUCGGUCAGUCGUGGAGGCUACGUCUCUGCAACUCUUCAAGAAACGCUUGGAUGAUUAUUUGUGUCCCCUAUUUUCCCUCGACAGUCUGAAUCUGAACUAA